UCUCCCCCAGGAAAUGAGUUGUUGACGCUUUGUUUGAAUGCGCGAAUAAUUUAUAACACUUUAAGAGGAAGGAGUUGAUCGGGGUUGACUGUGUCUUUGUGAACGACUUAACUGAAUUACCACCAUUUUUCCGCUCGACGCUAGUAAGUCACUCGACCAUCUUGCACCGUUCACUUUUUGUUGGCUUUUCUUAAACGAUUACUCUGUUUAAGACAUUUGGUUAUGAACUAGACUCUCAACCCGACGGGAAAAACUUCGCUGCGGUUACGCCAUAAACUGACUGAAUCGUUUUCGGUAGAGUUCAGAGGAUAGUGAAAGAUGGAGAAGCCCUACGCAAGUAACCGGGUCUGUGCCAUUUGCGGAGAUCGUUCAUCAGGAUUUCACUAUGGUGUACAGAGCUGUGAAGGCUGCAAGAGUUUCUUCAAGCGAACCGUCCAAAAACAGCUUCACUACACAUGCGUAGAGAACAUGUCAUGCCAGAUAGACAAGAAUAACCGGAUUCGGUGCCAGUUUUGUAGGUUCCAGAAGUGUUUGUCCUUGGGCAUGCUAAAAGAAGCUGUCCGAGAGGACCGAGCACCCGGUGGCAGACCACGGAUCAAGUCCCUGAUCGGAAUGAAGGAGAAUGCGGACACAUUCGUUUCGUCUGAAUUAGUCACACAACUGAUCCAAGCCCGCCCUGACGCUGCUCCUAAAAGAAGACCGGAUUAUCUGGAGCUCGGUUUUACGGAAAUCUGCCCUUUGAACCCUGUCGAAGUAGUGAUGGAGCUGGUACUACAAGAAGUGGACUUAAUAUUGGCCUGGGCCUUCAAAGUUCCCGGAUUUAGAGAGCUUAACAGAGAUGAUCAAGCUAGCCUCGUUUCCACAGCUUUAUUAGAACUGUUAGUCCUCCGUGUUUGCCAGCGUUCCAGUGCACAUCAGGGCUCAGUACUGUUAGCGAAAGAUGUGCUUCUUACUCCUGAACACUCCUUCAAUCUGGUCCUGGAGCAAUGGUCUUCGCAGCUGGCUUGUUUCGCUUACAAGUUACAAAGCUUGCAACUCGACAUGGCAGAGUUUGCCUGCGUAAAUGCUAUUAUGCUUUUUGAGCAAGAGACGAGUUCAGGACUAAAAAACCGGGAGAUGGUGGACUUCAUUCUCAAUCGUUCCCUUGAUGCUUUGCGAGACUACAUCAAGUGUUCAUAUCCCGACAAGCCAAGCCGCUUUGCUCACAUUCUGCUCCGACUUCCAACACUGCGUAGCGUGUGUUCUAGAAUGGCGAAUGAGUGUCUGUUUGCGCAGUCAUUUCUCAACAUGGCGGUCCCUCAGGUGUUGUCGUUUAUUCUAGAGAUGAAGACUUAGCUGAGUACGUCAUGAAACAACAGAUUUGUUGGCACCUUUUUGUUAUUAUUCCCCUGAUGCAGCACAAUUGAUUUGUAUUGUCGUGAAAAGAGGCAAGAAUGUUAAAAAAAGGUCUCCUAUGCGGUGUACUUGUGUUUAUUGCAGCCAGUAGCGUGAAAACAGUUCACAACUUUUGUCGGUUAAAAAUUUCAAAAGAUAAAAAGACCCAAAGUAAUAUUGAAAUGAAAAGAUACAUUAUUAGAAAUCAAUGAAUGGCAAAUGUUUUGAUUAUUGCAUCAAAUGCAUAAAUCAUUAUUGACAGGGGCUAUAGGUAAGAAACCCAAGGACCAGUGCAAAGAUGAGCAUUAAACACUGAGGAGAUAUUAAGGUGAUACUAAAUAGACUGUUGUAUACUUACCUGUCAUUCUCAUAUGUAACAUAUGUAUCGAUGCUUAAUCAACAAAUCGAUUUAAGCCAACUGUUAAACUAAGAAUAAAACCGGAAAAACCAGUGGACUA